CACCAAACACGUCCAAGAUGGCAGUAUCAGCGUAUUUGGAAGCGCGUAAGUACUCGUUGAGUGCGACCUGUACUUUAACACACAUUCGUGAUACCCACUGCCCGCUGCAAUUUUCAAAGCGUGUGCAUUUUUGCUCGAUAAUUUAGAGGCAAUACCUCAUACUGAUUGGCUACUGGCUUAUUGUCGGUUCCUGAACUGGUACCACCACUGCACUGCCAGUCUGUUCUGUCAUUCCGAUUGACCUGCUGCAGGGACGUUGAGGAGCAUAAAUGGCUUCAAAUGAACGUCCCACGCCUUCAGCUUCCCAGCUUCCCGGUGGCUGGAUAGAAACACCAGGAGAAUCAAUUACACGACCAUUACAUGUUGAGGAUCAGCUUCAGGCGCACGAUAUUCACAACACAAACCAAAGUGGUACGACCGGCUCAACUUUUAUCAACAAUGCACUCCACACUUCGAGCGAGAGCUAUUACGGCGGAUCAGGAGCUGGUCUGUUCACCGAGUCAACACACAGCACCGCGGUCCCAUCCCCAGAUGCUGUCGAUAACCGCGCGUUAGACACAAAGGAUGUGUUCACACCAGAUAGCAGCGGGGAGCGCAAAGAGGAAGUCGUACCAGAGUUGAUCCAUAGCGACUCUUCGUCGGGCUCAGAGCCCGAGGAGCCCCGUGACGAUGCAGUAUCCAAGCCAGCUUCAAGGCCAGCUCUGCAGUCGAGAACUUCAAAACCGAUGACCGAGGACGACCUCUUUCGUGCCAUGUCAAGACGCAGGAACAGCCAUAGCAACACUCUUGAACGUCGAGAUACACAAGCCACCUCCGCUAGCGCCGAUGAGGAACAAGACGAGAUCAACAAGCUGAUGUCGAGGAUGUUUGGCCAUACACGACAGGAGGCUUCGGAGGAAGAGAAGACACGACAUGUCGGUGUAGUCUUCAAGAACCUUACGGUCAAGGGGCAAGGACUAGGAGCCGCUCUGCAACCAUCCGCUGGCGAUAUUUUCAUGAACCCGAUUCGCUUCGUCAAGAAUCUCGCAACCCGUGGACCCAAAGCAGCAGCUGGCAAGCCACCUGUUCGAACUCUGAUUGACGACUUCAGCGGUUGCAUCAAGCCGGGUGAAAUGCUCUUGGUACUUGGGCGGCCUGGCAGUGGAUGCAGCACAUUCCUCAAGAUGCUUGGUAACCAGCGUUUCGGCUACGAGGAGAUCACCGGAGAUGUCAGGUACGGCGGCACUGACGCUGCUGAGAUGGCCAAGAAGUAUCGAAGCGAGGUGCUUUACAACCCUGAAGAUGACCUCCACUACGCGACGUUGAAGGUUAAGGACACACUCAAGUUUGCCCUCAAGACCCGAACGCCCGGCAAGGACUCUCGUAAAGAUGGCGAGACGCGCAAGGAUUAUGUGAACGAAUUCCUUCGUGUCGUCACCAAAUUGUUCUGGAUCGAGCACACAAUGGAUACAAAAGUUGGAAACGAAAUGAUCCGUGGUGUGUCUGGUGGUGAGAAGAAGCGUGUUUCCAUUGCAGAAGCCAUGAUCACCAAAGCGUCUGUACAAGCAUGGGAUAAUUCCACUCGUGGCUUAGACGCGUCGACAGCUCUCGAAUACGUGCAGAGUCUGCGAUCGCUGACGAACAUGGCAAACAUCUCGACAAGCGUUGCCCUUUACCAGGCUGGAGAGUCGCUUUAUGAUCUUUUCGACAAAGUCCUCUUGAUCCACGAAGGUCGCUGCUGCUACUUCGGGCCUGCUGAUCGCGCCGCGGACUACUUCAAGAAUCUUGGGUUUCACCAGCCAGACCGCUGGACUACCGCCGACUUCUUGACCUCCGUCACUGACGACCACGAGCGCCACAUUCAAGACGGCUACGAAGACCGCAUUCCCCGCACCGGCGCGCAGUUCGGAAAGGCCUUUGCUGACAGUCAACAACACCACGACAACCUCAAAGAGAUCGAAGAGUUCGAGAAAGAAACUGCACGCAUGGCUGAGGACCGCCGUGCGGCUGCAUCAAAGGCGACCAAGAAGAAGAACUUCACCCUGCCCUUCCACAAGCAAGUCAUGGCUUGCACCAGGCGCCAGGCUAUGGUCAUGAUUGGCGAUCCACAAUCGUUGUACGGCAAGUGGGGAGGUAUCUUUUUCCAGGCCCUCAUUGUCGGAUCUUUGUUCUACAACUUGCCAAACACCGCUGCUGGUGUCUUCCCCCGUGGCGGUGUUAUCUUCUUCAUGCUACUCUUUAAUGCUCUUCUUGCAUUGGCUGAGCUGACAUCUGCAUUUGAAAGUCGUCCGAUCUUGUUGAAGCACAAGAGUUUCUCAUUCUAUCGACCCGCAGCUUACGCCUUUGCGCAAACUGUUGUUGAUAUUCCUUUGGUCUUGGUCCAAGUUGUGAUUUUCGACAUAGUUGUGUACUUCAUGGCCAACCUGCAACGCACAGCUUCGCAGUUUUUCAUCUCACUACUCUUCCUGUGGAUCAUGACAAUGACGAUGUACGCGUUCUUCCGCGCGAUCGGCUCGCUCGUAGGAUCGCUUGAUAUCGCGACGAGGAUCACUGGUGUCGCAAUUCAGGCUCUCGUCGUCUACACAGGCUAUUUGAUCCCACCAAGCAAGAUGCAUCCCUGGUUCAGUUGGCUACGAUGGAUCAACCCCAUCCAGUACGGAUUCGAAGGCCUCUUGGUCAACGAGUUCUACAACCUCGAAAUCCAGUGUACAGCUCCGUACAUUGCCCCCGCCAUCCCCGGUGCCGAGGAGCAAUACCAAUCUUGCGCGAUUCAAGGAAGCCGACCCGGUUCGCUCACUGUGUCGGGUGCCGACUACGUGGACGCUGCGUUUGGCUACUCUCGAAGCCACUUGUGGCGCAACUUUGGUAUCAUUGCCGGCAUGUUCAUCUUCUUCGUCUGCCUCACAGCCAUCGGCAUGGAGAUCCAGAAGCCCAACAAAGGCGGUGGUGCGGUUACCAUUUUCAAGCGUGGACAGGUGCCCAAGUCUGUGGAGAAGGACAUGGAGACCCAGAAGCCUGAAGACGAAGAGUCUGGCAAGUCCGAGUCUUCUGCCGUAAACGAGAAGAGCGAUGGAGAAGGCUCUGAUGACAAGCUUGGCGGCGUUGCGAAGAAUGAGACGAUCUUCACCUUCCAGAACAUCACCUACACUAUCCCAUACGAAAAGGGCGAACGUACAUUGCUCAAAGAUGUGCAGGGAUACGUCAAGCCAGGUAAGCUGACUGCGCUCAUGGGUGCUUCAGGUGCUGGUAAGACGACAUUGUUAAACACUUUGGCCCAACGCAUCCGCUUUGGAGUCGUGCACGGAGACUUCUUGGUCGACGGCAAACCACUCCCUUCUUCAUUCCAACGAUCUACUGGCUUCGCUGAGCAGAUGGACAUCCACGAGUCAACUAGCACGGUGCGCGAGGCCUUGCGCUUCUCUGCGCGCCUGCGUCAACCAAAGGAGACACCUCUUCAGGAGAAGUACGACUAUGUAGAGACCAUCAUCGACCUUCUUGAGAUGCGAGAAAUCGCAGGUGCCGCAAUUGGCGUGACUGGCUCUGGGCUGAACCAAGAGCAGCGCAAGAGGCUAACGAUUGGUGUUGAACUGGCUAGCAAACCUGAGCUGCUCAUGUUCUUGGAUGAGCCUACAUCUGGACUCGACUCUGGUGCUGCCUUCAACAUUGUCCGUUUCCUUCGCAAGCUCGCCGAUGCUGGCCAAGCUAUCCUAUGCACCAUCCAUCAACCCAGCGCCGUCCUAUUCGAGAACUUCGAUCAGCUUCUCCUGCUGAAGUCGGGUGGUUCCACUGUGUACUUCGGCGACCUUGGUGAUGACUCGCAGACCCUUAUCAAGUAUCUUGAAGGCAAUGGAGCGAAGAAGUGCAAACCCAAGGAGAACCCCGCCGAGUACAUGCUGGAAGCCAUAGGCGCAGGCAACCCCGAUUACAAGGGUCAGGACUGGGGCGAAGUGUGGGCAAAGUCUGAAGAGAACUCCAAGCUCGGCAAGGAAAUCCAGGACAUUGCAUCCAAGCGCAAAUCUGCCUCCCAGAACGACGAGGCAAAGGACGACCGAGAGUACGCCAUGCCCUACAUGACACAGUGGAUGACCGUCGUCCACCGUAACUUCGUAGCCAUUUGGCGAGACCCUGACUAUGUCACCGGUGUCAUCAUGCUGCAUAUCAUCACUGGUCUCUUCAACGGCUUUACAUUCUGGAAUCUCGGCCAGUCACAAAUCGACAUGCAGUCCCGGCUCUUCUCGGUCUUCAUGACUCUGACGAUCUCACCGCCGCUGAUUCAGCAACUCCAGCCUCGCUUCAUCAACAUCCGCUCGAUUUACAAAUCGCGAGAGGGAAAUGCUAAGAUCUACGCGUGGACUACCUGGGUCUGGGGCGCUAUUCUCAGCGAGCUUCCGUACCGUAUAAUCGCUGGCACGAUCUAUUGGUGCUGCUGGUAUUUCCCGCCUAACUUUCCUCGCGAUACGUACACCGCUGCAAGUGUAUGGCUCUUUGUCAUGCUGUUCGAGGUGUUCUACCUGGGAUUCGGACAAGCGAUUGCGGCCUUUUCUCCCAAUGAGCUGCUUGCGUCGUUGCUCGUACCUCUCUUCUUUACUUUCAUCGUAUCUUUCUGCGGUGUAGUCGUGCCCUAUGUCGGCCUACCUACGUUUUGGCAAGCCUGGAUGUACUGGCUCACACCGUUCAAGUACCUGCUCGAAGGGUUUCUCGCUCUGCUGCUCCAGGGUCAAGAGAUCCGGUGCGACACUAACGAGCUGGCGAUCUUCCCUCCCCCGCCUGGCCAAGACUGUCAGACGUACGCUGGGCAGUUCGCGCAGCAGUCAGGCGGGUACGUGGAAGCGCAGUCCGACGGAACGUGUGGGUUCUGCCAAUUCGCUACCGGCGACGCGUUCGCGGCGAGUUUCAACGUCUUUCCACAGUACAUAUGGCGGGACUUCGGCAUUAUGUGGAUAUUUAUCUUCUUUAACUUUGCGGUUGUUUUUGUAUGCACAUACUUGUACCUGGGAGGGAUGCACAAGUUCAUUUCAUUGUUCAAACCUUCUGCGCGCAAGGAAAAGGCGGCGAAGAAGAAGAAGCAGAGUGGUGAUGCUGCGUAGAGCUCGGCGUAUAAUUGUAGCGUAAUCUCGUUCCUGAGUUCGGGUGAAACCGUAGAAUCCCGCGGCCGAGCCAUGAACCACCUAAUUGGGCUUGGGCUAUGUCUCAUCCGCUCCUUGUCUUCCCCGCGAAACACCUUUUCCGAACAUGUGCGUUUCGAGCAUUGUGAGUCUGGAGCUCGUGACAGAAGGAGGCGCAACAGGUAGCUUCCCGGUAUCUGCACGGAUAUGCAGCACGUGUACAAGAACCUUUGGCGACAACAUUAGAUAGCGGUGUGUGACAAUAGAAUGAAGUCUCGG